AUGCUCACCACAACCCUCCUAUCGACCAUAUCUCUCGUAUGCCUUCAGGUGCUCGCCGACUUCAAUGGGCAGCAGCCUGCCGCCUCACAGUCCCAGGCCAGUGCCCAGAGCAGUUCAAGUUCCACUUCACAACAAUACUCUCUGCAAUUCGAUGUCCUCGAGUUCGCUAACUACGGGUAUACUGGUUACUACCAACAGGUCAAAUCAAUCUCCAAUAUGUACAAAGACUCCUGUACCUGUGAACUUUCCAGCGAUUGGGUCGAAUUUUCCGGCCCUACUUCUCCUCUUGACCAAGGGGUGUCCGUGCAUUUCCGUGGGCCUUUGAUUUUGGAAUCUUUUGCCUACUAUGUCUCCGACGAUUACACUUACGGUGACUCUUCUAGUAGUGAGUGGAAAAGAUUAUCUUAUUUCGAUGCUUCCAGUCAGACGUCGGAUAAUGUCACAUUCUUGACAAAAGCCGGGGACAACUCGACCUGUCUCGGUAAGGCUUUAACUUACGCUGAUUCUGACGGGGUUUCUUCCGCCAGCUCUUCUACCCUUUUGGCAAACAACACCUUGAUCAAUUCCGAUGAAGAAUACGUGAUUUUCUCAAACGUCAGCUGUGGGAAAUCCGGUAUCAAUAACGACUGUGGGGUUUAUAGAUCUGAUAACGUCGCUUACCAUGGUUUUUAUGGCGAUAUCAAGAUGUUUUUGUUUUCUUUCCAAAUGCCAACCGAAUCGGUGGUCACCGACACUUCAACCGACUAUUACGAUUUGCCUGCCAUUUGGUUGUUAAAUGAUCAUAUUCCUAGAACUUCCCAAUACCCAACUAACAGUAAUUGCUCAUGCUGGACCUCUGGGUGUGGGGAAUUUGAUAUUUUCGAGUCAAUUAACUAUACUGAAAGAAACCAUUUAUAUUCUACUAUCCAUGAUUACCAAGGUACUGGGUAUAUUGACUACGGUAUCUCUGUUGACGGGUACAUCGAACGUGACACUGAAUCAACAAUGUCAGGAGGUGUGGUGUUCGACUCUCAAGGUAAUGCUAUUGUGUUUAUUUCCAACAGCACCUCAUUUGAUGCUGAGAUUAGUGCUGACGACGUUAAUUCCUGGAUCUCUUCCGAAGACACCGAAACCACUAAAACCUUGACUAGCGUCUCCAAUACCAAACCGGCAAGCUCAGGAAUGAGUUCUACUGAUGGUUUCCUUAACAAGUAUUUCAUGUUUGCCAUGCAAUCUUUGUGCGGGGUGUUGUUGUGCUUGUUCUAG